CAUCCACCAUGUCAUCGAACGUAAUGCAACGCCGCAUCCUGGAGCAGAUCAUGGUCACCUCAAAGCUUAACAUGUAACGUCCAACAUGUCGAGCCAGCAGCUCCAUCUUGACGAUUUUCCCCACUGCAUUCGUAGAUUUGCAACACGUUACAAUGGCACCAGCAAAGCCUAAGAACAUUGUAAUCGUAGGGGGAUCGUUAGGUGGCCUUUUGACUGGCGUCGCGUUGAAGCGCCUUCGCAAAGACCUCAAUAUUCGCAUCUUUGAGCGUAAUCCGACACCUCUUCUCCAGGAUCAAGGUGCUGGUGUAGUGGCUGGACAAGAUGUGCAAAAGUUCUUCAAAACGCACGACCGCAGCCAAACUACGUUGACAGUUCCAAGUCAUCAAAGGUUAUAUCUUGAUAAGGGUGGCAAGGUUAUAGACCGUCACGACCAAGAGCAGCGUAUGACGAGCUGGGAUUUGCUGUACCACCUUCUACGAACCAACUACGAUGGUACCGAAACCGAUUACGCGAAGACGCCCACAGCGGAGGGAGGCGAAGGAAAAACAUCGUAUGAAUACGGAUGUACGGUAACCAGUGUUGUGGUGCCAAAUCCUUCGUCGUCCUCGCUACUAGAUUCCUCAGAGCCCGUCAGGGUCACUGUCCAGCACAAAUCUGGGGAAACAUUCACAACAGACGCAGACCUUGUCGUCGCAGCUGAUGGGCCCAGCUCCAAAAUACGUGCCGAAUACUUCCCCGAUGUGAAGCGGAAGUAUGCCGGAUACGUAGCAUGGCGCGGUACGGUACCCGAGACCGAGGUUUCUCAGGCUGCCACCGAUGUCUUCGUUGAGAGGUUUACGUUCUACCACACCGACGGCAUUCAGAUAUUAGCGUAUACCAUCCCAGGCAAGAAUGGGACGACAAAGCCCGGCGAACGACUGUUGAAUUGGGUUUGGUAUGUGAACUAUAAAGAAGAGUCACCGGAGCACAUUGAGCUCAUGACAGACAAUGAGGGAAAGAGGCACCACAUUACACUACCUCCAGGUGGAAUUAAGGAGGACGUAUGGAGACGACAAAAGAACCUAGCGAAUGAGAGUCUCCCACCACAGUUCUCUGAGCUCGUCAACAAGACCAAGGUGCCGUUCAUACAAACCAUCACGGAUGUCAUCGCACCCUCUGCUUUGCUAGCAAACGGUAGAGUACUAUUGCUGGGUGACGCGCUGGCAGGCUUUAGACCACACACAGCUGCGAGUACGAAUCAGGCCGCUCUUGACGCUAUGAAACUUGCUGGCGCUGUUGAAAAGAUCAUUGAAGGAGGGGAAUUGGAAGAGCUUCAAAAAUGGGAAGAAGAGGUUAUGGAAUAUGGCAAAAAGAUGCAAGGUCAUGGCGUGCAGAUGGGCAACCGGAGCCAGUUUGGCGAACAUCCGAUGCAAAGAUGAAGACAACCUGCGACCUAGACCAAACAGCCUAGGUAACAAUAGCUAGUACCCAAUAUCGUUCGCCUCUCUAGCUGAUUGACUUACAUUAUUAGCAGCAUAAAUAGCUACGACAGUGCUUCGCUUUUUCUUUUGGUGUCCUUGUGUUAUCGUUUUCCUACAUGUACCGUACCUACUAUUGACAUACAUUUCAGUCUUCCUCCGGUACAUUUGAUUCUCUUACUCCCUCGGAUACUUCUACUUGGGUACCUUUACUCAGCCUCAUUCACCCUACCACCUAGCAAGAGCUACGCUCAGUACGCAUAUAAGGCUGUUUGUGCCAUUUCUCCUUCAGC